AUGCACCCGAACAUGGUUGAUGUCUCAAUUAUUGGCAGCGGCACGUCCGCUGUAGCUAUUGCCGCCCAGGUAGUCAACAAAAGCAUAUCAAACGAGAAAGUCAGGUCAAUCGUCCUGAUUGAGAAGGGUGAACACCCAGGGACGGGACUGGCUUAUUCCAAAGCUUGUGAGGGAACAUUCGUCAACGGCCACCCAUCCACCAUGGGGGUGUUCGCCCGUGAUCCAGAAGGGUUCUUGAGAUGGAUGAGUGAGCAAGGGCAAGAAUAUCGGGGUUCCCCUCCGACCAGAGAACGGUUUGGAGAAUACCUGCAGGAUCAGCUUGCCCAAACCGUUCAUGCUGCUGAUAAACUCGGUAUCGAGGUCCGUAUUAUCAAGGACGAGACUGUGGAUGUUGUGGACUUGGAUGGCAGAUAUGAGGUGAUUUUGAAGGAUAGCAGCCCCAUUGUCUCCCGUCAGGUUGUGCUUGCAAUUGGCGAUUUCCCGAAGCAGAUUUAUUCGAAAAUGUCACAUUUUCCUGGAUAUCUUGGGGCCCCUUGGCCAUUGCAAAAGCUCAACCGCAUUUCCCCCGACGCAACAGUUGCGGUGGUUGGCACAAGUCUUACGGCCGUUGAUAUCGCUCUCAGGCUCGCAGAGAAUGGUCAUAGAGGUAAAAUUUGUCUCUUUUCUCGCAAUGGUCGCCUCCCGAAGGUCAAAGGGCCCUCGCCGGCACUAGCUGUGUUUCGCAACCAACACAUCCUGCACAAGUUGGCUAGGGAUCUGGAGCAAAACCCACACAAUGCAUUCGAAACAAUUAUCACGACGAUGGCUGCAGAGCUUGAAAAGAUCAACUGGUUACAUCGAUUCAGCAUGAAGCAGCUUAAUGGACCUAAAUCUGAGCUGGAAGCCGACAUCGCCGCUGCUGAAAAUGGCCAUAUGGAGUGGUUGGCUGUACUCCAUGCAACGGGUACUGUCCUGGAGCGUUACUGGAAUGCACUGUCUCUUGAGGAACGAACGACAUUCAACGAGAAAUAUGCAAGUGUGUGGUAUCUAUACCGCAACGCCAUGCCUUUGCAUAACGGCAAGCAACUCCAUGCAUUGAUGCUGGCAGGGCAGCUUCAGGUGCUCUCCAAGCCGACAGUGUCAUGGGAUGGAGAUUACUUUGUGGUUAAGAGUGGGGAAGAAACAAUUCAGAGCAGCUUCCUGGUUGAGGCUUGCGGCUUAGAACACAACCCAUAUGCCAUCGAGUCACCAUUGCUGCACCGGUUGAUGGAUUCUAAACUCCUGAGACCGCAUGAGGCUGGGGGGGUAUCUGUCGACUUCUGGACUUUGGAGGCAACGAAGAACUUCCACGUUAUUGGGUCCCUUACCCGGGGUGUCCAUUUCUACACCAACUCCGUCCGACGAAUUGCUGCACACGCCGAACGAGUAGCCGAUACCAUCAUUGGAAACAGGGUCUGCCGACCCCAGCAUGUCGCUUUGUUUAUUGGUAGCCUCAAUGCCUACUUGAAUGUCCUGCCCAAGCUUAUACCACGCCUGCUGGACAAUAACCAUGUCCCUUUUGUGUUCGUGACUGCAUCCGUUGUUAAGAGUUUGAGCGCGAUUGAGAGGUAUCUGAAUGGAUCUGGGCCCCAGGUUGCUCUCCCAGAUCUCCAGAGCCGCUAUGGUGUCUUCACAAUGGAGAUAGACUCAAGCGGUCCUUCUCUUCUCAAGGCACUCAAGUCCAGCCAUAUUGAUGUUGGCCUUGGAGUCGACAUAGAGAAGGUGCAGCCCAGCGAGGCAUCCCAUUACUUCCAAUCUCCACGAGAAUUUGUUCGAUUUUUUGAUCGUCACGCCGAAGCACUCAAUGGCAAAUGUAUGGAGCCUCACUCCGAUUCAGCCCGCGUCGUCGAAGACAUGGUCAACGCUGUCGACUGCUUGGGGCGCCGAAAACCCAUUACGGCUUAA